UUAAGUCAUCAGCAGCAAACUGGAAAGUUGGAGAGUAUACACUAGAAUUCAGCGUGAAGGACCAGUGUUUGAAUGAGGGUACUACAUCUGUAAUAGUUUGUGUUAACAAUACGGCACCAGAGAUAAAGAAUACUGUGAUAUCUUAUAACAUAAAAGAAAAUAACAAUGACGAAACCCAAAUUAUGUCACUAACGGUGACAGAUAAACAGACCUACAGGUGUAACCUUGGAACAGUCAGUCCGAAUGAUGGGAUAUUUAUCAUCAAACAACCAACUGGAACUGAUCCUUUUAAUCUUUAUCUGAAGGGAGGUUCAAUGAAAGAUAUGGACUAUGAUGCCAAACCUCAGUAUACAGUUACCGCAGUGUGUACAGAUGACUACGGACUAGCAGCAGAAAAGAUAUUUUAUGUCAAUGUUGAGAAAAAUAUUGAACCCGUUAUUAAUGUUUUGCCAACUACUGAACAAAAGUCAACAUUACGUACAAAGUCUGGAGAUCCGAUUUAUCAGGUGGAUAUAACAGACCCAGAUACUUUAGCAGAAGACCUGACUUAUAGUAUAACAUGCUCUCCAACUCAGUGUCCUUUUAAAAUCUCACCAACUGGUGAAAUAACAGCUACAGAAGAUUUAACCUUACAUAAAGUAAGCCCAUAUGAAAUUUAUGUGGUAGUAAAAGACGAACAGCGAACAACUGGACCAAAAACACUGACUGUAGAGCUAACAGAUAUCAAUGAUAGACCAGUAAUUGAUAACCUUGGUGUGACGUCACUUACACAGCCAAUUGACGAAAAUAUAGACGGUGACACCACGAUAGGUCGACAGGUUUACGAUAUCGAUAUCACUGACGACAAUAUUGUUGACACCCACACAUUUUCUGCGACAGCGAAUCCCAAUGGUUGCUCCGACUUGUACAGCCUCGAUCCAACAACUGGUGUUGUGUCUACGACAGCUAUAUUAAAUUAUGAAGAACUUAAAACAAGUAGUCCUCAACGUCAUAUCUGCGAUCUAAUUGUUACGGUGGAUGACGGAAGGGAAACAUCAAUACAAAAGAAAUUAAGGAUAGAGGUCACUGAUGUCAAUGAGCAACAAACUGGUUUUGAAGAAGAUUUAUACACUAUUAUAGGAACAGAAGGAACUAAAGGAACGGUUUUACCGGCUGCUGGAUUUGUGGUCAAUGACGUGGAUAUUAAUGAUGUACAGACUUACACUAUGGACUGUAAAGACAAACAAAGUUAUUUUGAAAUGGACCGAACUACAGGAAGAAUAACACAACUUCAAGAAUAUGAUUUAGAUCCGAAUAAUUGGCCAUUCAAUACCCCAAAGUGUGAUGUGACAGCAACAGACAAAGCAGGUCAUACAGUUACAACAAAACUAAAUAUAAGGAUAGAAGAAAUUAACGACAACCCCCCGAAACUGAAUCAAAGAACAUACUACAGAAAUGUACCACAAAAUACACCUGUAGGAUCCCAACUUUUGUCGUGUACAUCAACAGACGAUGACGUCAAAACGGAACAUACACAACGCUCAUAUUCCUUAGGUGAUUCAAAUUUUGCCGUGGACAAUAGCUGUAAUAUUCGAUCAGCUACAGACUUCAGUGGAUAUCCAGUGGGCACAACAUUUACCUUCCCACUUACUGCCACUGAUACAGAUGACACAUCAUUGAAUGACGAGGCAACUGUCACUAUUGUCAUAAUUGAUCCGACGACUACUACCGUCACUACCACAGUUGCCAAUACCAUCACCAACGCAAACAACAAUAAUGGUAAUACAGGAACAGGAACCGGAACCGGAACCGGAACUAGUAAUACCGGAAACAGUGGAUCACCUGCUGCUUUCUUAAGUCGUCCGACAGACCUUGCAUGGUUUAUACCUGCCAUGAUAGCUCUUGCAGUUAUGGCUGCAUUGAUAGGUUAUAUGAUUUACCGAUGUUGCAGGGUUCCUGGGUUCUGCGCACGACUAUUCUCUGAUACGUGUGGUUGCUUCAAUGAUAGGGAUUGCUGUGGCAAGAGAGGUAGAGGGAGAAUAACCAAUCCAAAGGCAGCUAAGAAAAACAAUGCCGUGAGCGAUAAAUCUGAACCACGAAGUAAAGAAAAACCACAGAAACCAAGAAAAAUUCGUGAUCCCGAAAGUAAUGACGGAAAAAGUGAAUGGAAUAUAUGGUCACAUUCAGACUUUUCUGCCAAGACCGAUUGUAGGUAAUUUUAAAGAUCAUCUGAUGUCUUGUGUUUUAUAUCACUAGAUAGUGAACUGUUAAAUGUAUUCAAAUGCAAAUGUUGUAUAAUUCAAUUUCAAUGUUUUCAUAUUUAAAAAAAAAAUCAUGUUUCGAAAUAUAUGUUUUUUGUUUUCGGGAGUGCUAAAAUUAUGAUUGUUGAUUUUGUA